UUACACCGCAACGAUAUUCUUUGUUUCUCUUUCAUCUUCGGACUCCUAUCUAAUGAUCCGGACGUAAUCCUGGUAAUCCUGGACGGGAAGAAUAAAAAAGGGAGAGUUCCUUGCUUCAUUUUUAUAAAUGGUAUUAGGAUUUUAUCUAUUCCACUGACAAAAAGAAGAUCAGAAGGGGCUAUACCCAUAGCUGCUAACUACAGACUCAUUGAUGCAGUUGUGAGCAACUGCAUUAACAGCAACAUAAAUAAGAUAUAUGCUCUCACACAAUUCAACUCUACUUCUCUCAAUUCCCACCUGUCAAGAGCCUAUUCUGGAGCAGGUCUUGGGAAAGAGGGGUUUGUCCAAGUGAUUGCAGCAUAUCAGAGCCCUGAAGAUCAGGGUUGGUUUCAGGGAACUGCUGAUGCUAUAAGAAGAUGCCUAUGGGUCCUAGAAGAGUAUCCAGUGGCUGAAUUUCUGAUCCUUCCUGGCCACCAUCUCUAUAAAAUGGACUACCAAAAGGUGAUAGAAUCCCACCGCAGCAGAAAAUCGGAUAUAACUAUUGUUGCUUCAAAUGGCAUUACCGUGAGAGAUCAAGACCCAGGUUUUGGUGUACUGAAAAUAAAUGCAGAAAAUCAAGUCAUGCAGUAUAGUUUGAAGUCAGACACAGAACCCGUAAACUAUACGGCAGAAACUUUGUCUAGAUUCAAUGAUACCAGUUAUAGCAAUAUUCCAAGUAUGGGAAUCUACCUCAUCAACAGAGCUACAAUGGUAAAUCUUCUGAAUAAACAUUUCCCUAAGGCAAAUGACUUUGGAAGUGAAGUGAUACGAGGUGCAAUAUCUCUAGGAAUGAAGGUUGAGGCAUAUUUGUUUGAGGGCUAUUGGAAGGACAUGAGGAGCAUUGAAGCAUUUUACCAAGCAAACAUGGAAUGCGUAAAGAAAUCAAACAUGGGAUACAACUUCUGUGAUAGAGAUUCCCCUGUCUACACUAUGCCUCGAUGUCUGCCUCCUACCCUUGUUAGUGAUGCCGUGAUAACAGAUAGUGUCAUUGGAGAUGGUUGCAUUCUCAAUAGGUGCAAGAUCAAACGUUCAGUGGUGGGAAUGAGGACGAAAAUUGGAGAUGGGGCAAUCAUAGAAGACUCGGUGAUCAUGGGAUCUGACGUCUAUCAGAUUGAAGAUGGGCAUGAGAGCAGCAUCGAGGGCAUCCCGAUGGGAAUUGGUGAGAAUACUCAAAUUAGAAAAGCCAUUAUAGAUAAGAACGCGAGGAUCGGGAAAAAUGUUAAGAUCAUCAACAAAGAUAAUGUGGAAGAAGGGGACAGGGAGGCCAAUGGUUACGUAAUCAGUGGGGGAAUUAUGGUCCUUCUUCGGAGCGCAGAAAUUCCGGAUGACAGCGUCUUAUGA